UAUGGCAUGCUAAAAAAUAGAUGACGACCAGUUUGAAUAACAGUUGGGAGAAAUCAAGAAUUUUAAAAUAGGUGAUUAGAAAUGCAAAUUUAUGCAUUUACAGAAAAGAGCGAAUAAGAAUUAAUGUAAAGUAGAAUAUUAAAAAAAGGUGAGGGCUAGUAAAAAAAUAUCAAAAAAAUAAUUAAAUCACUUUAUGUAUAACAAGUCUUGUUAAUAAGAUGAAUCCAUACAAAUUUAAUAAGAAGGUGAUAUGUAGAAUAUUUUAAUUUCCAAUUUUUCUAGAAUUAACUUAAAUUAUUUAGGGGAGAACAAUAAUAAUCCAAUAGAAGAAAUCAAAACAAGACUAUUUAACUUAAACUUAGAGGAAUCAAAUAAAUAAUUUUAUACUAUAUUAGACUCUAAUCAUAUAUUUGGUUUCAUUAAUUAAAUUUAGUGA